UUCUGCGCAGGAUGAUCGGCAAAUGCCGAGCAAAAGUAGUUGCAGAGGGUUGAAAACCUUAUAUGAGACGUAUAUAACAGUAUAACCUUAUAUAUAGCCACAUCAACUUAUAUGAACAAUUUUGGUAGUUGGCCAUACAAAAAAUCCACCAAUCUGUUCUACGCAGGCGACAUGAAUCGAGGGCACCCUGACUGAGUCUGCUGGCGCGAUGUUUUGACAUGAGCAGUAAAUGUUUGAUAGCCAAGUUAGCUAAGUAUUUGACAAACGUUGCCCCAUAACUGCAGGUAAGCAUCGCCGGUUCAUCUUUUAUAAUUGUAUCGCGAAAUCAUGUGUCUAGUUAGUUAACUACAUGUUUGUUCGUUGCAAUUUGGGGGUUUAUUGCAAGUAAGUUAGCUACAGUAACGUUAACUGGCUAACUACAGUACACCAGCUGAGCAUUUCAGCAAGCUGAUUAAGCUACCUAGCUAGAUAAGCUAAACUCAACUAGAGUCAUGUGCAUAUACUUUUCAGGUGACGCAGAGGGGACACAGAUGACACCUGCUGAACUCUUCCUGCUACUGUGGAUAAAAGUACCACAAUGACACAAGACAGUCCCAGCCAACACACGAAGCUGCUCUCCUUCCAUGGUGAUAUUCUCACAUUUCAGUGUAAACUCUCCAAUCCCAGAGAUGGCGAAAGUCGAAGAGGAUCAGAACUGGCUUUCAGCAGACUGACAUUUCAACGGGAUGGCUGCACUUUCUCAAAGGGGAAUGGUGGUAUGGCUGUCAUCAACAGAAAGAGUUCAUCAGAUGUUGAUAUAGUGGCAUGCGCCUUUGCACUACAUGUGAAAAACAGAGUCACUUCGCCAUGCAUUUUACUGAUACAGAGCAAGAAGGGAGAUGUCUUCAAGUACAGCCUUCUCACUCUGAGCAGCUCAAAUAGAUUAGAGCCACAUAUGGAGUUUAAACUGCCAUACCGAAUGAAAGACAAUGUUACUAUCUUGCAGGGCCCUACUGUAUUAUGGAGCCAUGAAGGUAUUGUCUUCUACACAUCCCUGCAGGCAGGUGAAGUUAGACAAAUACCUAUCAAGCUCUCUCUGAACUUUAUUGGUGAGUUUCCCCUCAACAAAAGGAAAAUAUUCAUACUAGGUUCCCAAACACAAUCAAAAGAAUGCCUGAAAGAUCAGUUGGACGCUCCAGGCGGGAGCAAAACCCUGGGGUAUUUUGUAGAGGACGGACAAGUAUUGAACGCAGCUCUGAUCUUACCUCAUGCCUAUAGUUCCAUCACACAAUGUGUAUUUGUGAUCUCAGCUGAAGAGGUGAACAGUGUGUUGAAAUCAACUGUGGUGGCAGCGACCAGUAAAAAGCAGUUGGUGUAUUUUGAGAAUGGCAUUCCCAGAGAGGUAUGUCUGCUUCCCUUUGAAGAACCUCAACACAUUCAGAUGGUCAACACUGGACGGAAUGGAUGUCUGUUUGCCAUCUCUUUCAACCAUGGACAUGUCUGUGCAGUGUGGAAAGAUACUUUUCAGGUAAUGGAAUGCUAUUUUGGGUGAGCUAUCGUGCUUACUGUAUAAUUCUCAUGGCCCUGCUCUGUCUCCCACAGGUAGCAUCAUGCUGGUCAGGUGUGAGCUCCCUACAUGUGGAUGACUUUUUGGGCUGUGGAACAGAUCAGAUGCUGCUGGUCUUUGGAAGCCAGAGCCCUCCUGUGGGUCCAGUGGAUCUUUUCCUCAUCACAGAUCUCUGCGGUACAACUUAUUCUGUGAGACACUACUAUUUUGUUUUUCUUAAGUUUUAUAACACCCCACUUAUACCCCUAAAUGUUUUAUGUAGCAAGGUUCAUAUCGGGUGUUUUGUUAACCAGAUGCCUAAAGGUACAGUUCUGAUCUUUAAAGACUGUUGUAUGUUUCAGCAUGGACAGGAGAGCAGUGAAGGACAGCAGGCAUCUGACACAGCUCAGGAUAACUACCUCCUAACCGUCCAAGCUCUACAGUCCAGACUACAGGUAUAUUAUUACAUUCAGGAGAACAUCACCACAGCUGUUAUUCUGUAGUUGUGUAUUUGGGUGCUAAUGAGAACAAUGUGUCAAUUAUUAAACAGUAGUCAUGUUUGGAGUGUAUUGUCCAGAUGCAUCGAUAUUCCAGUUUAUCCAACAUGAUGUUGUUAUUUUCCCCUAUGUUGUGUUUCUAUAGAGUGGCCUGACCUUGCUCCAGGAUCUUCAGAGAGAUGUGAGGGUGAAAGAGAGGGUUCUACGCCAGUCAGUCCAAGCCCUCACAGACAUGGUCUCAGGAAGAGAACACAUUCUCACCCAGACAGAGCAGGUGAUUGGUCAUUAUCCUAGUCACGCUUAUCUUUCUUACAUGAUCUUUCUGACAUGACAAUUCAAUAUAUGCCAGAUGUAAGUAACUGUUAUCAUAUUGGUGUUGAUGGUAGUCUUUGAUCCUCUCUAACAGGAAGGCCUUGUUUCUCUAUGGGAUGAUGAGCCAGAGGACGAGGCCAUGCAUGAGAAGAUGCAGGUUAUGCCAGUGGUGCCACCACCUCUAGUGGACAAGCUUUGGCACCGUGUCAUUGAAGACCGCUUGAUUGUGGGCGUGAUACUAACCACAGAGAGUGCCAUGUAAAUAUACUUCUCUCUCUAUAUCAGUUGAUAUUUUCACUGUCAAGUGAGCUCGUUUGAGAGUCCUAUGAACAUUGCAUCUUAUUUUCCUCAGUUACACGUCAUUAAACAUCAAUUGUUAGUAGUGAAUUUUGGCACUUCUAAUUUUCUUUAUCGUCUUAAUUUUAUGGAGCUGAGGGCAUGUCCAUGGUAAUGAUAGCGGCAGUGUUCAUGUAAUGAUAGUAUGUGUUAAUGGGCUUCAGUCAACCAUGGUUCCUGCCUGGUGAGAGCCACUUACCAGCUGUUAGAUCCCACAGUGUCUGACCAGAUUUCUUUAUCUACCAACAAGAGCAAUUCCCCAAAGACAGAGAUAAAAAAACAGACAGAAUAUUGAUCUUUAAAACCACUCACUUAAAUCACACCCGAAAGAGAAUGUUUCCCCUCUGGACAUUUGUCUCACUAGCUAGGUUUCUAUCCAAUUGGCGACAGAUGUUCAUGCAAAUAUUCUAAGAUCUGCAUAUGCGCAAAACAAUAUGUGCAUUUUCCAAUCAGAGAUGUGGUUUCAUCCAAUUGACUUUUUGCGGAUAAAAGGCAGUUUCUCAUGACAGUGCACAUAAAUAACUUUUGCAGUUAAAUUCCCAUGUACCGAAUAAAAAAUAAAAAAUAAACUUAAAUGGGUUUCCAUCGCGUUUUCAACUCUACUGAUGGUUUUGUCACACCAGAAAUUGUGUUUCAAAUAGUGAAUGUGCUCAUUCUGUCCUUGGCACCUGCGCUCUAGCAACCGCUUGCAGAUACAGUGCAGGUAUAGCCUACAUCAGUGGUUCCCAACCUUUGUCUGUUACUGUACCACCAAUUGAAUUUAGCUCUGCUAGGAGUACCCUGGAAGUACCCCCUCGUGCAUUUUAUGAUCUAGAGUCUUUUAUUUUACAUUUACGUCAUUUAGCAGAUGCUCUUAUCCAGAGCGACUUACAAAUUGGUGCAUUCACCUUAUAGCCAGUGGGAUAACCACUUUACAAUAUUUUUUUUUAUUUUUUUCGGAGGGGUGGGGUAAGGGGGGGGUAGAAGGAUUACUUUAUCCUAUCCCAGGUAUUCCUUAAAGAGGUGGGGUUUCAAGUGUCUCCGGAAGGUGGUGAGUGACUCCGCCGUCCUGGCGUCGUGAGGGAGCUUGUUCCACCAUUGGGGUGCCAGAGCAGCGAACAGUUUUGACUGGGCUGAGCGGGAACUGUGCUUCCGCAGAGGUAGGGGAGCCAGCAGGCCAGAGGUGGAUGAACGCAAUGCCCUCGUUUGGGUGUAGGGACUGAUCAGAGCCUGAAGGUACGGAGGUGCCGUUCCCCUCACAGCUCCGUUGGCAAGCACCAUGGUCUUGUAGCAGAUGCGAGCUUCAACUGGAAGCCAGUGGAGUGUGCGGAGGAGCGGGGUGACGUGAGAGAACUUGGGAAGGUUGAACACCAGACGGGCUGCGGCAUUCUGGAUGAGUUGUAGGGGUUUAAUGGCACAGGCAGGGAGCCCAGCCACAGCGAGUUGCAGUAAUCCAGACGGGAGAUGACAAGUGCAUGGGUUAGGACCUGUGCCGCUUCCUGUGUAAGGCUGGGUCGUACUCUCCGAAUGUUGUAGAGCAUGAACCUACAGGAUCGGGUCACCGCCUUGAUGUUAGCGGAGAACGACAGCAUGUUGUCCAGGGUCACGCCAAGGCUUUUUGCACUCUGGGAGGAGGACACAAUGGAGUUGUCAACCGUGAUGGCGAGAUCAUGGAACGGGCAGUCCUUCCCCGGGAGAAAGAGCAGCUCCGUCUUGCCGAGGUUCAGCUUGAGGUGGUGAUCCGUCAUCCACACUGAUAUGUCUGCCAGAGAUGCGAUUCGCCACCUGGUUAUCAGAAGGGGGAAAGGAGAAGAUUAGUUGUGUGUCGUCUGCGUAGCAAUGAUAGGAGAGGCCAUGUGAGGAUAUGACAGAGCCAAGUGACUUGGUGUAUAGCGAGAAUAGGAGAGGGCCUAGAACUGAGCCCUGGGGGACACCAGUGGUGAGAGCACGUGGUGCGGAGACAGAUUCUCGCCACCUCACUUGGUAGGAGCUACCAGUCCGGUAGGACGCAAUCCAAGAGUGAGCCGUGCCGGAGAUGCCCAACUCGGAGAGGGUGGAGAGGAGGAUCUGAUGGUUCACAGUAUCAAAGGCAGCAGACAGGUCUAGAAGGACAAGAGCAGAGGAGAGAGAGUUAGCUUUAGCAGUGCGGAGAGCCUCCGUGACACAGAGAAGAGCAGUCUCAGUUGAAUGACCAGUCUUGAAACCUGACUGGUUUGGAUCAAGAAGGUCAUUCUGAGAGAGAUAGCAAGAGAGUUGGCUAAAGACAGCACGCUCAAGCGUUUUGGAGAGAAAAGAAAGAAGGGAUACUGGUCUGUAGUUGUUAACAUCGGAGGGAUCGAGUGUAGGUUUUUUGAGAAGGGGUGCAACUCUCGGUCUCUUGAAGACGGAAGGGACAUAGCCAGCAGUCAAGGAUGAGUUGAUGAGCGAGGUGAGGUAAGGGAGAAGGUCUCCGGAAAUGGUCUGGAGAAGAGAGGAGGGGAUAGGGUCAAGCGGGCAGGUUGUUGGGCGGCCGGCCGUCACAAGUCGCAAGAUUUCAUCUGGAGAGAGGUGGAGAAAGAAGUCGAAACAUAGGGUAGGGCAGUGUGAGCAGGACCAGCAGUAUCAUUUGACUUAACAAACGAGGAUCGGAUGUCGUCAACCUUCUUUUCAAAAUGGUUGACGAAGUCAUCCACAGAGAGGGAGGGAGGGGGGGGAUUCAGCAGGGAGGAGAAGGUGGCAAAGAGCUUCCUAGGGUUAGAGGCAGAUGCUUGGAAUUUAGAGUGGUAGAAAGUGGCUUUAGCAGCAGAAACAGAGGAAGAAAAUGUAGAGAGGAGGGAGUGAAAAGAUGCCAGGUCCGCAGGGAGUCUAGUUUUCCUCCAUUUCCGCUCGGCUGCCCGGAGCCCUGUUCUGUGAGCUCGCAAUGAGUCGUCAAGCCACGGAGCAGGAGGGGAGGACCGAGCCGGCCGAGAGGAUAGGGGACAUAGAGAGUCAAAGGAUGCAGAAAGGGAGGAGAGGAGGGUUGAGGAGGCAGAAUCAGGAGAUUGGAGGGAGAAGGAUUGAGCAGAGGGAAGAGAUGAUAGGAUGGAAGAGGAGAGAGUAGCGGGAGAGAGAGAGAGAGUGAAGGUUGCGACGGCACAUUACCAUCUGAGUAGGGGCAGAGUGAGUAGUGUUGGAGGAGAGUGAGAGAGAAAAGGAUACAAAGUAGUGGUCGGAGACAUGGAGGGGAGUUGCAGUAAGAUUAGUAGAAGAACCGCAUCUAGUAAAGAUGAGGUCAAGUGUAUUGCCUGCCUUGUGAGUAGGGGGGGAUGGUGAGAGGGUGAGGUCAAAAGAGGAGAGGAGUGGAAAGAAGGAGGCAGAGAGAAAUGCGUCAAAGGUAGACGUAGGGAGGUUAAAGUCACCCAGAACUGUGAGGGGUGAGCCAUCCUCAGGAAAGGAACUUAUCAAGGCGUCAAGCUCAUUGAUGAACUCUCCAAGGGAACCUGGAGUGCGAUAAAUGAUAAGGAUGAUAAGCUUGAAUGGGCUAGUGACUGUGACAGCAUGGAAUUCAAAUGAGGAGAUAGACAGAUGGGUCAGGGGAAAAAGAGAGAAUGUCCACUUGGGAGAGAUGAGGAUUCCUGUGCCACCACCCCGCUGACCAGAUGCUCUCGGGGUAUGCGAGAACACAUGGUCAGACAAGGAGAGGGCAGUAGGAGUAGCAGUCUUUUCAGUGGUAGCAGUGUUUUUAUGGUCUCGAGUCUUCUCAAGUAACCCUUGUGGAUAGGCCAAAUACCCACAGUGGUCAUAGUACCCCUGGUUGGGAACCACUGGCCUACAUGAGAUUAUUAUGGACAAAAAGAGCGAGAUGAUCAUUUUUAUUUGUCAAUCGACAGCCAAGCAUCGAUCAUAAUGUCACCAGAAUAAGACCGUCAAUAUUAAUUGGAAAGGAGCAUCAAGCUCAUCACUGUGCACUUUCACCACCCUGUGAAGUUCAUAAUUUAUUUAAUCUGUAGCCUAAUAAACUGCAAGCUUUCCCGAGUUGUAGUGAGAGGACCACACAACAUAUCGUUGUGACUCCCAAGUUUACUUCGAUAUGAUGGUUAUUGUAUCAAUAUGUGCACAUGAAGUCGUUUCCACUGCCAUUUCUCGCAUAAUUGAUUUUAUCGACACAAAAAGAUCCCACCUUGUCUAGUGUAUUUUGUUUUGUCGACAUUUGAAAGGUUUACCGACAAAAUUUGCUGUUUCCAUCAGGCCUGUCGUGACAUUUUUUUUUUUUUACUCGCAUAAAAAGGUUUGAUGCAAACCUGGUUAAUAUCACAGAAAAAUUUGACAACUUUGAUCAUGAUACUAUUGAUGAUGAUAUAUAGCAAACAAACAUAACAUCAAAUGCUGUUUACGCCUGUGAAGUGCACUCAAAGCAAGACACUGAAGGGGACGUCAAUAAUGUCUUACCUUCCACCCAGCUGCCUAGCCUCAGCCUCCUGUAGAAGAGCUGCUGUUAGGCGCCGGUCGUAGUCUUUCUCUCUCUCGAGCGAUAACUCUCCAGACUUUGAAAAAUUACUAUACAGCAGCCACAUGCCUGUCUGGUCACCAUGGCAACACACUCUCCAACAGCCCUCAGAGCGGUUUCUGUGGGAGCGCACACCAAUCAAGAGUCCAAGUUGUGCCACCUGUUCUGUUUCAACUUGGGCGCAUGUCUUGAGGAUGGAGAACAUCAUCCUUAUGGUGGAAUUGCUUGGGGGCCCUCAGUGCUGCUGCUGUGGGUUAACAUGGCACUGGUACAGCCCCGUGUAGCUCAUUUGGUAGAGCAUGGCGCUUGCAGCGCCAGGGUUGUGGGUUCGAUUCCCACGGGGGGCUAGUAUGAAAAUGUAUGCACUCACUAACUGUAAGUCGCUCUGGAUAAGAGCAUCUGCUAAAUGACUUAAAUGUAAAUAGUACAUAGGCUCUCCAGACAGUUUGAGAUCACUCAUCUGUUUGUUCUUUCACGUGUUCUUUUGGUCUUUCAUUUAUUUGCUCACUCACUCACUUCAUUAAUGCUAAAUGUAAUUGAUUCCCUGUGCAGCAGCCUACUGUGUCCAAGUGACUGUUACUGAUGCGUUAUACACUGAACAAAAAUAUAAACGCAACAUGUAAAGUGUUGGUUUCAUGAGCUGAAAUAUAAAGAUCCCAGAAAUGUUCCAUACGCACAAAAAGCUUAUUUCUCGAAAAUGUUGUGCACAAAUUUGUUUACAUCCCUUUAAGUGAGCGUUUCUCUUUUGCCAAGAUUAUCCAUCCACCUAACAAGUGUAGCAUGUCAAUAAGCUGAUUAAACAGCAUGAUCAUUACACAGGUGCACCUUGUGCUGUGGACAAUAAAAGGCCACUCUGAAAUGUGCAAUUUGUCACACAACACAAUGACACAUAUGUCUCAAGUUUUGAGGGAGCAUGCAAUUGGCAUGCUGACUGCAGGAAUGUCCACCAAAGCUGUUGCCAGAGAAUUUAAUGUUCAUUUCUCUACCAUAAGCCGCCUCCAACAUCGUUUUAGAGAAUUUGGCAGUACGUCCAACUGGCCUCACAACCUCAGACCACGUGUAUGGCGUCAUGUGGGUGAGCGGUUUGCUGAUGUCAACGUUGUGAACAGUGCCCCAUGGUGGGGUUAUGGUAUGGGAAGGCAUAAGCUACGGACAACGAACACAAUUGCAUUUUAUCAACGGCAAUUUUAAUGCACAGAAAUGCCAAUGACGAGAUCCUGAGGCUCAUUGUGAGGACCAUUUCUUUUAAGUUAUCUGUGACCAACAGAUGCAUAUCUGUAUUCCCAGUCAUGUGAAAUCCAUAGAUUAGGGCCUAAUUAAUUUAUUUCAAUUUACUGAUUUCCUGAACUAUAACUUCUAGCUCAGCCGAGAGUGUUACUUUAUCCAUCCUGAGAGAGGGAGGCCGGAGCCGGGCGCCUGCAGUCAUCCAGACCCACAGCCAAGCGUCCUGGUUCCCCACACCCAGACCCCCGUCUCCCUGCUCUCACCCAGAGCCAGCGGCUAAGAGGAGCAGGCGGGACUGUGCCAGUGCCAGUGGAGCCCGUGACACACACAGACUGGCAGUGACCGCUGUGACUGACCUGACCCCUCUGCUGACCUCUGGCAGUGUCAAAUGCCCCAUUAUGCUCCAUUACGUCCACAGACAGGGAUCUUCAGCCUCUGUAACCGCCCCAGGACCAACAGUGGUCCAGUGCGGUCAAGUCCUAGUCGAUAUCCAGGUCAAACACCACCCCCAGCUGAUGACCAACAGUCAACUCACAACAGGUAAAACUGUGACCCUUCAUUUCAGUUAAUGGUCAAUAAGUAAGAACUCUGUAACUCCCCUGUAUGUUAAUUGAUAGUCGUUUGUGUAUGCAGUUACAUACAGUAUGUCACGUCUUUUCUUAACAGUACAAUAGUGUUGCUUACUCAUUGAAUAUAUGGGCUAUACAGUUAAUACAGUAUGUAUGUAUUGUAUUCACUAUUCUAUUGCAUUCUAUUUUCUUUCCUGUCUUUCUAGAUGAGGCUAGAGAAGACCUGCUUAGCCUAUUGGCCGUGCUGGAUGCCUGGACCUUCCUGAUCCACUCCCCUGACCACACCCUGUGUGACGUGGCUGGCUGGAUCCAGACAAGCAUGCCCUGUGAGAGGCUAGAGAUCAGCCCACACUACCUACUGGCCAAUCCUGCUGGGCCAUCUGCUGCCAUGCUGUUUCACUGGCAGCACAAAACACCUUUCCAGGGAGAAUUAUCCGUCCACUGCAGGUAGCUUAUCUUUGCUUACAAUGCCAUUUGAUAUGUUCAAGGAAUUAGGAAAUUAUAUAUAUAUAUAUAUAUAUAUAUAUAUAUAUAUAUAUAUAUAUAUAUAUAUAUAUAUAUAUAUAUAUAUAUAUAUAUAUAUAUAUAUAUAUAUAUAUAUAUAUAUAUAUAUAUAUAUUAGGAAAUUACCCACAAGAGUGAUUCAAUUACUUGGUAGUGGGGCAUGCAUGAAUGUUCCUUAAUCCAAAUAUACUGGAACAUUUAAUGGCACAGUAAUACUUCAAUGGUACAGUGAGUUUUGUAACAGAUGAAACGCUAAUAAUAAUAUUAUAUAUAUAUAUAUAUAUAUAUAUAUAUAUAUAUAUAUAUAUAUAUAUAUAUAUAUAAUAUUAUUUGCGUUUCUAAUAAUAAUAAUAUUAUAUAUAUAUAAAAUAUUAUUAUUAUUAUUCGCGUUUCAUCUGUUACAAAACUCACUGUACCAUUGAAGUAUUACUGUGCCAUUAAAUGUUCCAGUAUAUUUGGAUUAAGGAACAUUCAUGCAUGCCCCACUACCAAGUUAUUGAAUCACUCUUGUGGGUAAUUUCCUAAUAUAUAUAUAUAUAUAUAUAUAUUAGUACCAAUCAAAAGAGUUUGGACAUACCUACUCAUUCCAGGGUUUUUCUUUAUUUGUACUAUUUUCUACAUUGUAGAAUAAAGGUGAAGACCUCAAAACUAUGAAAUAACACAUAUGGAAUCAUGUAUUAACCAAAAAAGUGUUGAAACGAAUCAAAAUAUAUUUUAUAUUUGAGAUUCUUCAAAGUAGCCAUCCUUUGCCUUGAUGACAGCUUUGCACACUUUUGGCAUUCUCUCAAGAACUUUGAAAGUUUCUUCAAGUGCAGUCGCAUAAAGCACUAUGCACUAUGAUGAAACUGGAUCUCAUGAGGACCGCCACAGGAAUGGAAGACCCAGAGUUACCUCUGCUGCAGAGGAUAAGUUCAUUAGAGUUACCAGCCUCAGAAAUUGCAGCCCAAAUAAAUGCUUCACAGAGUUCAAGUAACAUCUCAACAUCAACUGUUCAGAGGAGACUGUGUGAAUCAGGCCUUCAUGGUCGAAUUGCUGCAACUAAACCACUACUGAAGGACACCAAUAAGAAGAAGAGACUUGCUUGGGAUAAGAAACACGAGCAAUGGACAUUAGACCAGUGAAAAUCUGUCCUUUGGUCUGAUGGGUCCAAAUUUGAGAUUUUUUGUUACACCCGCCGUGUCUUUGUGAGACGCAGAGUAGGUGAACGGAUGAUUUCUGCAUGUGUGGUUCCCACCGUGAAGCAUGGAAGAGGAGGUGUGGGGGUGCUUUGCUGGUGACACUGUCAGUGAUUUAUUUAGACUUCAAGGCACACUUAACCAGCAUGGCUACCACAGCAUUCUGCAGUAAUGCGCCAUCCCAUCUGGUUUGCGCUUAGUGGGACUAUCAUUCGUUUUUCAACAGGACAAUGACCCAAAGCAUACCUCCAGGCUGUGUAAGGGCUAUUUGACCAAGAAGGAGAGUGAUUGAGUGCUGGAUCAGAUGACCUGGCCUCCAUUAUCACCCAACCUCAACCCAUUUUGAGAUGGUUUGGGAUGAGUUGGACCACAGAGUGAAGGAAAAGCAGCCAAGAAGUGCUCAGCAUAUGUGGGAACUCCUUCAAGACUGUUGGAAAAGCAUUCCAGGUGAAGCUGGAUGAGAGAAUGCAAAGAGUGUGCAAAGCUGUCAUCAAGGCAAAGGGUGGCUAUUUGAAGAAUCUCAAAUCUCAAAUAUAUUUUGAUUUGUUUAACACUUUUUUGGUUACUACAUGAUUCCAUGUGUGUUCUUUCAUAGUUUUGAUGUCUUCACUAUUAUUCUACAAUGUAGAAAAUAGUACAAAUAAAGAAAAACCCUGCAAUGAGUAGGUGUGUCCAAACUUUUGACUGGUACUAUAUAUAUCUCAUGGUAUUUACAUAAUUGUUCACCUGUAGCCAGUUCAAGGUGCUGCAGUUCCUAGACUCCCUGUGUGGUUUCCUGCCAGCAUCCUGCUCCAUCCUGCCUCUCAGACAGGGGGGAGGAGAUGGGACGGCACCACGACUGGCCCAUUCCCUGGAGAAAGAGGUACUGUCACUCAAACAGGGCCUGUCGUCUCUGUUCCGUGGUGAGGAGGAGAUGGAAGAGGGGAAGAAGAUAGAGCCCCCUGAUCCAGGCUCUGCCGAGGGACUCCAGAGGUGCAGGGAGGAGUGGCAGAGGGACAGGGAGAGGAGCAGGAGGUUGUUGAGCCCCCUGGUGGGCGUGGACUGCUAUCGCAGGCUGACCCAGAGCCUAGCCCAGGUACAGCUGGAAGGAGAUGUAGCCGCCCUCCUAGAGACACAGACUCACACACUCAUUUAGCUUUGCACUGCAUUGACAUGUACACUCAGUGGCCAAUUUCUUAGGUAUACCCAUCUAGUACUGGGUCGGACCCCCCUUUGCCUCCAGAACAGCCUAAAUUCUUUGGUUCAUGGGAACGUAGUUCAAUUGGUAUCAAGGGACCUAACUGGUGCCAGGAAAACAUUCCCCACACCAUUAUACCACCGCCACCUGCCUGUACCGUUGACACCAGGCAGGAUGGGGCCAUGGAGUCAUACUGCUUACGGCAAAUCCUGCCUCUGCCAUCAGCAUGACGCAACAGGAACCGGGAUUCGUCGGAGCAGGCAAUGUUUUUUCUGCUCUUCAGUUGUCCAGUGUUGGUGAUGGCGUGCCCACUGGAGCCGGUUCUUCUUGCUUUUAGCUGAUAGGAGUGGAACCCGGUGUGGUCGUCUGCUGCAAUAGCCCAUCUGUGACAUGGACCGACGAGUUCUGCAUUCCGAGAUGCUGUUCUGCACACCACUGUUUUAUUGCACCGUUAUUUGCCUGUUUGUGGCCCACCUGUUAGCUUGCACGAUUCUUGCCAUUCUCAUUCGACCUCUCAUCAACGAGCUGUUUUCGCACACAGGACUGCCUCUGACUGGAUGUUUUUUGUUUGUCGCACCAUUCUCGGUUAACCCUAGACACCGUCUUUUCUCAGAUACUGGAACUGGCGCACCUGGCACUGACGAUCAUACUGUCGCUUAGAUCACUCGUUUUGCCCAUUCUAACAUUCAAUCGAACAGUAUCUGAAUGCCUCAACGCCUGUCUGCCUGCUUUAUAUAGCAAGCCACGGCCACGUUACUCACUCUGUAGAAGCGAGCCAUUUUUGUGAAAGGGAUACCUAAUAAACUGGCCACUUAGAGUAUAGUAGUUACUUUUUAUUUCUAUGCUUUCUACAGGAUUGUAUGGUUACGUUCUUUCGGUUUCUAAUAUUCUGUAUGUGCCUAUUAUCAAUGAAAUGUUGAGAUUCAGUCCAGAUGAUCCCUCUCUUAUGAACUGAGUACUACCUUAUGCAUUGUCAUUGGUAAUGAGAAGUUACAAACCAGAGAUAAAAUUCACCCUGUAGGUUACUGUAAUUAUUAUGUUGAAAUCUCUGAUACUGUAAACCUGCCUGUACCUAUAGUGCCUUCAGAAAGUACUCAUACCCCUUGACUUAUUCCAGAUUUUAUUGUUACAGCCUGAAUUCAAAAUGGAUUAAAUAUAUUUUUUGUCUCACCCAUCUACACACAAUACCCUAUAAUGACAAAGUGAAAACAUGUUCUGAGAAAUUGUUUAAAAUCUUUUGAAAAUGAAAUACAGAAAUAUCUAAUUUACAUAAGUUUCUCCCUUAGUCAAUACAUGUUAGAAUCACCUUUGGCAGUGAUUACAGCUGUGAGUCUCUCUGGGUAAGUCUCUAAGCGCUUUGCACACCUGGAUUGUACAAUAUCUGCCCAUUUUUAUUAUUUUCAAAAUUCUUUAAGCUUGUUCUUCAUUUAAGUCUGCAUUGAUGGGAUGGAGCAUCGCUUUCUCUACAGUAGUUUCUGUUUCGAGAAGGGGCUCAGCCUAAACGGUUAUGGCGCUUUACAACAAGUAAAUAGUUUCAUUUCCUUUUAUUAGCAUCUCAAAACCAAUGGUGCUUUAUUUCUACUGAAGUAGCAGUAUACAGUGCCUUCAGAAAGUAUUAACACCCCUUGACUUAUUCCAAAAAAUUUUGUGUUGCAGCCUGAAUUCAAAAUGGAUAAAAUAAAUAACAAAAAUCUCACCCAUCUAAACACAAUACCCAAUAAUGACAAAGUGAAAACAUGUUUUUAGAGAUGUUUUCUAAUAUUUCUUCUCAUUUACAUAAGUGUUCACACCCCUGAGUCAAUGCAUGUUAGAAUAACCUUUGGCAGUGAUUAAAGCUGUGAGGCUUUCUGGUUAAGUCUCUAAGCGAUUUGCACAUCUGGAUUGUACAAUAUUUACCCAUUAUUUUCAAAAUUCUUCAAGCUCUUCAAUUAGUUGUAGAUCAUUGCUGGACGACCAUUUUCAAGUCUUUCAAGUCAAAACUGUAACUCGGUGUCUCAGGAUAAUUUACUGUCUUCGUGGUAAGCAACUCCAGUGUAGAUUUGGCCUUGUGUUUUAGGUUAUUGUCCUUCUGAAAGGUGAAUUAAUCUCCCAGUGUUAAGGUAGAAAUCACACUGAACCAGGUUUUCCUGUAUAAUUUUGCCUGUGCUUAGCUCCAUUCCGUUUAUUUUUUGUCCUGAAAAACUCCACAGUCCUUAAUGAUUAUAAGCACACCCAUAACAUGAUGCAGCCACCACUAUGCUUGAAAAUAUGGAGAAUGGUACUCCGUAAUGAAUUAUUGGAUUUGCCCCAAACAUAACACUGUGUUCAGGACAAAAAGUGAAUUGCUUUGCGUAAUUUUUUUUGCAGUGUUACUUUAGUGCCUUAUUGCAAUUUUGGAUUCUGUACAAGCUUCCUUUUCACGCUGUCAAUUAGGUUAGUAUUGUGGCGUAAUUACAAUGUUGUUGAUCCAUCCUCAGCCAUUAAACUCUGUAACUGUUUUAAAGUCACCAUUGGACUCAUGGUGAAAUCCCUGAGCUGUUUCCUUCCUCCCCGGCAACUGAGUUAGGAAAGACGCCUGUAUCUUUGCAGUGACUGGGUGAAACAUCCAAAGUGUAAUUAAUGACUUCACCUUGCUCAAAGGGAUAUUCAAUGUCUGCUUCUUUUUUUUUUUUUGGUGAGGCAUUGGAAAACAUCCCUGGUCUUUGUUUGAAAUUCACUGCUCGAUUGAGGGACCUUACAAUUAUCUGUAUGUGUGGGGUACAGAGAUGAGGUAGUCAUUCAAAAAUCAUGUUAAACACUAUUUUGCACACAGUGAGUCCAUACAACUUAUGUGACUUGUUAAGCAAGUUUUUAUUCCUGAACUUAUUUAGGCUUGCCAUAACAAAGAGGUUGAAUACUUAUUGACUCAAGACAUUUCAGCUUUUUCAUUUUUAAUUAUUUUGAAAAUAUGUCUAAAAACAUAAUUCAAUUUUGACAUAAUGGGGUAUUGUGUGUGUGGGCUUGUGACAAAAUAUAUGUUUAAUCCCUUUCAAAAUCAGGCUGUAACCCAACAAAAUGUGGAAAAAGCAGAGCAGUGUGAAUACUUUCUGAAGGCACUGUAUGAGUGUAUGCGUGUGUGAAUGCUUGUCUCCCUUGGACCACCUCCUGUGCUUCACGCCUCUAAUCUGUGUGCGAUAGCUACUCCUCUCUCCCCUCAGACCGGCAGCCUGUGAAACACUGUGCUGCUGCUGUGCCCACUGGGAGAGACUGGCUUCUUACUCUGAUCUGAAGUGUGAAACACUGUGUGUUCAGAAUGAAACUUUAGGAGGUAACGGGUUAGCAAAGGUCUACACCUACCUCCCUGGUUAGUAGCUGAGAAAGCUUUUAGUGUCUCUUCUUCCCUUUAUGGCUCUGUUAUGUUCUCUGUAAGAUGCUAUAAAAUAAACUCAUAUUGGAUGUUGUCUUGUCAUGACCACAUGUAGUACAGUUACUAUUACGUGUCCUUCGUCCAAGGGAACAUCAAUGGUGUUUAUUUCUAAAUGUGCUCAAAAAGCAGCUUUCCUAAGAGUCCUCAUCCCAGGCUGUUAGAUCGGUGAGUUUUGUGACAGCUUAGGAUGGGGAUGUGCCGUUUGGCUGUCGGCUAGCCAGGAGCUGCUGUGUCUCCAUCUGUCUGUGGCACUCCGUCUGAUCAGAGAAACUCCCCUUUUUGCUCUCUCACAACUAUGCUUUCUGCUCCACUGCCUCAGGCAGUUAUUGGAUCCAGGGCUCUUGGACUCACUGUCACAAUACUUUUUGUCUAGAAAACAUACUUGGACAACAUUGUUGUAGGCACUCUUUGUUUUCACUAUAAUGGGAUUUUUUGGGCAAAAUAAUAACAAUAAAAAGCCAUGUAAUUCAAAUGAUUCAGCUUUGAACCUGUUUUUGGAGAAAUGUAUCCUCUGGUGAUACCUGCCAUUGCGUUUUGCGCUGUCAUUUUCACAACACUCCCACUAAUUCACUCCCCCUCUUGUUUAGCACCUUCACACCUUUGGCCUCCUUCAAACCCACAGGUUUUUAGAUUAUCAUCUGGGGUUAGGUAUACAGCGACUGCGCUGUGGCACCUGCUCGAUUUAUGUUAUCAGCUGGGGAUGGUUUUCUGCCUGGAGGCCUCUUCAAACCUCUGCCUGGCAGGCUGAGGAGAAUGUGUGGGAUUUGUUUUGUCAUCCCGUUAUUGCAUGCUAACUUUCAUUACAUUUGAGAAGGAUCACUGCAGGGCUUCUGCCCUCGAUCCACAAAAGUGUUUUGAUCAGAAUGAAGAAUGCGGUUUCUGACAGGUGAAUGUCAUCAGGCGCCAUUGCAGACAAGGACCAGACAUGAAGCUUGCAUGAAUGCAUCUUUCUUCUCCGGAGCCAAAAUAUACUUUACAAAAAUAUAACAACAAUUUCAAAGAUUUUACUGAGUUACAGUUCACAUAAGGAAAUCAGUCAAUUGAAAUAAAUUUGUUAGGCCCUAAUCUAUGGAUUUCACAUGACUGGGAAUACAUACAUUUAUCUGUUGGUCACAGCUACCUUACAAAAAAGGUAGGGGCGGGGAUCAGAAAACCAGUCAGUAUCUCCUUUGCAUAGAGUUGAUCAGGCUGUUGAUUGUGGCCUGUGGAAUGUUGUCCCACUCCUCUUCAGUGACUGUGCUAAGUUGCUGGAUAUGAGGUGAUGGCGGCGGAUGAAUGGCACGACAUUGGGCCUCGGGAUCUCGUCACGGUAUCUCUGUGCAUUCAAAUUGCAAUAGAUAAAAUGUAAUUGUGUUCGUUGUCCAUAGCUUAUGCCUGCCCAUACCAUAACCACACUGCCACCAUGGGGCACUCUGUUCACAACGUUGACAUCAGCAAACCGCUCGCUCACACGAUGCCAUACACGUGGUGUGCGGUUGUGAGACUGGUUGGACGUACUGCCAAAUUCCAUAAAACGACGUUGGAGAUGGCUUAUGGUUGAGAAAUUAACGUUAAAAUCUCUGGUAAAAGCUCUGGUGGACAUUCCUGCAGUCAGCAUGCCAAUUGCACGCUCCCUCAAAACGUGAGACAUCUGUGGCAUUGUGUUUGUGUGACAAAACUGCACAUUUUAGAGUGGCCUUUUAUUGUCCCAAGCACAAGGUGGCACCUGUGUAAUAAUCAGCUUCUUGAUAUGCCACAUCUGUCAGGUGGAUGGAUUGUCUUGGCAAACUAGAAAUGCUCACUAACAGGGAUGUAAACAAAUCUGUGCACAAAAAUGAGAAGAAUAAGCUUUUUGUGCAUAUGGAAAGUUUCUGGGAUCUUUUAUUUCAGCUCAUGAAACAUGGGACUAACACUUUACAUGUUGUGUUUUUAUGUAUUUUUUCUAGUGUUGUUUAUGAAGGUUAUUAUUCAAGGGCAUUUCUGCCACUUUUCAAACUCUUAUCUCCAGCACAAUACCAGAGUCUACAUAUGUGAAAAUAUUGCGUUUCUAUGAUCUGUGGUUAAAAAGAUAUGAUGAAGGUCCUAAAAAAUGUCAUCAAGUGUCAUCAAGACAAAAUACUUUUCAAAACCUGCAACGAGUUUCUAGCCAGAGGGAGGGUAUUUUCUUUCUCCCCAAGUCACUGUGAAUCUGUUAGUGUUUGAAAAUCACUGUUUAUCAAAUGUUGAUAAUGUCAUCGGGUAGAACUUUUUCACGUAUUUAUUUUUCUACAAAAUGUAGAUAUGUGCCAUUUCACAGAUGUAGACACUGAUUGUUCUGGAUAUGAUGAACAUGAGCUUGAAAAAUGGUGGAAUUGGCCUUUAAGACAUGAAGGCAAUUUGCCAGUCAUUCCAGAUUUACAGUUGAAGUCGGAAGUUUACAUACAGUUAGGUUGGAGUCAUUAAAACUAGUUUUUCAACCACUCCACAAAUUUCUUGUUAAUAAACUAUAGUUUUGGCAAGGCGGUUAGGACAUCUACUUUGUGCAUGACACAAGUAAUUUUUCCAACAAUUUACAGACUGAUUUAUUUUACUUAUAAUUCACUGUAUCACAAUUCCAGUGGGUCAGAAGUUUACAUACACUAAGUUGACUGUGUCUUUAAACAGCUUGGACAAUUCCAGAAAAUGAUGUCAUGGCUUUAGAAGCUUUUGAUAGGCUAAUUGACAUCAUUUGAGUCAAUUGGAGGUGUACCUGUGGAUGUAUUUCAAGGCCUACCUUCAAAGUCAGUGCCUCUUUUCUUGACAUCAUGGGAAAAUCAAAAGAAAUCAGCCAAGACCUCAGAAAAAAGAUUGUAGACCUCCGCUAGUCUGGUUCAUCAUUGGGAGCAAUUUCCAAAUGCCUGAAGGUACCACGUUCAUCUGUACAAACAAUAGUACGCAAGUAUAAACACCAUGGGACCACGCAGCCGUCAUACCGCUCAGAAGAAGCCACUGCUCCAAAACCGCCAUAAAAAAGCCAGACUACGGUUUGCAACUGCACAUGGGGACAAAGAUUGUACUUUUUGGAGAAAUGUCCUCUGAUCUGAUUAAAUAAAAAUAUAACUGUUUGGCCAUAACGACCAUCGUUAUGUUUGAAGGAAAAAGGGGACACUUGCAAGCCGAAGAACACCAUCCCAACCGUGAAGCACGGCGGGGGGUGCAUUGCUGCAGGAGGGACUGGUGCACUUCACAAAAUAGAUGGCAUCAUGAGGAAGGACUUAUUAUGUGGAUAUAUUGAAGCAACAUCUCAAGACAUCAGUCAGGAAGUUAAAGCUUGGUCGCAAAUGGGUCUUCCAAAUGGACAAUGACCCCAAGCAUACUUCCAAAGUUGUGGCAAAAUGGCUUAAGGACAACAAAGUCAAGGUAUUGGAGUGGCCAUCACAAAGCCCUGACCUCAAUCCUAUAGAACAUUUGUGGGCAGAACUGAAAAAGCGUGUGCGAGCAAGGAGGCCUACAAACAUUGACUCAGUUCGACCAGCUCUGUCAGGAGGAAUGGGCCAAAAAUCACCCAACUUAUUGUGGGAAGCAUGUGGAAGGCUACCCGAAACGUUUGACCCAAGUUAAACAAUUUAAAGGCAAUGCUACUAAAUACUAAUUGAGUGUAUGUAAACUUCUGACCCACUGGGAAUGUGAUGAAAUAAAUAAAAGCUGAAAUAAAUCAUUACAUUUACAUUACAUUUUCGUCAUUUAGCAGACGCUCUUAUCCAGAGCGACUUACAAAUUGGUGCAUUCACCUUAUGAUAGCCAGUGGGACAACCACUUUACAAUUGUUUUUUAUUGUUUUUGGGGGGGGGGGGGUAGGAUUACUUUAUCCUAUCCCAGGUAUUCCUUAAAGAGGUGGGGUUUCAAGUGUCUCCGGAAGGUGUUGAGUGACUCCGCUGUCCUGGCGUCGUGAGGGAGCUUGUUCCACCAUUGGGGUACCAGAGCAGCGAACCGUUUUGACUGGGCUGAGCGGGAACUGUGCUUCCGCAGAGGUAGGGGGGCCAGCAGGCCAGAGGUGGAUGAACGCAAUGCCCUCGUUUGGGUGUAGGGACUGAUCAGAGCCUGAAGGUAUGGAUGUGCCGUUCCCCUCACAGCUCCGUAGGCAAGCACCAUGGUCUUGUAGCAGAUGCGAGCUAUUCAUUCUUUCUACUAUUAUUCUGACAUUUCACAUUCUUAAAAUAAAGUGGUGAUCCUAACUGACCUAAGACAGGGAAUUUUUACUAGGAUAAAAAAUUGGGAAUUGUGAAAAACUGAGUUUAAAUGUAUUUGGCUAAGGUGUAUGUAAACUUCCGACUUCAACUGUAAAUCUGUUGACAAGACAAAAACAUGUAGCCUAGUUUCCAUCUUGUACAGUUUAUUAGAAUUACAUUUGUUUCUUUUUUUACAUUUUGCAGACGCUCUUAUCCAGAGCGACUUACAGUUAGUGAGUGCAUACAUUUUUCAUACUGGCCCCCCGUGGGAAUCGAACCCACAACCCUGGCGUUGCAAGCGCCAUCCUCUACCAACUGAGCUACACGGGAGUUGCUAUGUUACUGAACAUGAAUCAUCAUUUAAUAUUCUAUUAAGGGACAAACAAGCCCCAGAUACUUGAUUGACUAUUUCCAGAGGCAUCGUUGUGGUAGUGUUGACACCAACAAUGAUGAGUGA